ACCAUAUAGUCCACUUUAACGUGGAAUAUAAUACACGCGAAAAUAAAUCAUUUAGAUAAAAUUUAUUUAUUUUAAGCACAUUACGUUUAAUAUUAUUACCGAAAACUUUUAUAUAAAGGGCGGUAAAAUAACUGUGAUAUUUCAAAAAUGGGUGCCGAAGUUGGCAUUGGAAGACAAUUCUUGAUUGCGAGUUGCUUAUACUUAGGUCAGUUAAUGUGUGGCUACGGAUUAGGAUGGCCAGCUCCUGUAUUAGCUUCACUGCAGAAUCCAGAGCAAACCAUAUUGGAUACUCCAAUAACUGUCGAACAAGCAUCCUGGAUUGCGUCGUCUAGUUUUGUUGGAUUCCUUACCGGUCCCUACGUCUCUGGGUACCUCUGUAAUGCAGUUGGCAGGAAACCCUGUCUGUACUUUGGUGGCGUAUUCCUAGGUCUCGGGUUCAUGAUCCUGGCAUUAGCCAAACAUAUAGCUGUCAUGUAUGUUGGUAGAGCAGUCGUUGGCUUUGGUACUGGAGUGCUAUUCGUCACAAAUCUUGUGUAUCUUGGAGAGUUGGCAUCAAUACGAAACCGUGGCACUCUUCUCACUCUAACAGGAUUCUCAAGUACUUGUGGUACUCUCAUAGCCUACUCCGUUGGACCAUUUGUGUCGUACGCUGCAAUAUCAUGGAUAGCAUCGGGCAUCGCUGUUGCUUACAUCAUUGGAGUAUUCUUCAUUGUUCCUGAAACUGCUGUAUAUCUUGUCAUGGCAAAUAGAAGAGACGAAGCAAUGGAACUCCUCACAUCACUGGGCAGAAAAGAUGACAUAGAUGAUGUAGUGGCUAAAGCAAAUGAAAAACCAAUUUCAUACAAAGCUCAGAUGGCUGAGAUGUUCACCAUAAAAUCAAAUCAGAAAGCACUAUUUUUGAUUAUUACAUUAAACAUUAUGCAACAACUGAGUGGAAUUAACAUAGUGUUAUCUUUUUCUACGACUAUUUUCGAAAUGACUGGGUCGUCUAUGGAGUCCCAUAUAUCUACCAUAAUUGUUGGAGUCACACAGGUCGGUGCAGCGAGUAUUGCACCUCUAUUUGUAGAUAGAACUGGACGGAGGAUUCUUUUGUUGAUUUCUACUGCAGUCUGUUCUAUAAGCUUGUUUGCCCUUGGUGCUUAUUUCUUCCUUUUCGACAAUGAUUACGACAUCGCUGACGAUCUACAAUGGAUGGCACUGGCAUCAGUAGUACUGUACUUCAUCGCUUAUUUCAGUGGUUUUGGCAUCAUCCCCAACGCGUUCAUUGGUGAAAUGUUUACUGACAACUGCAGAGGAUUCAGUUCCACCUUCACUGUAACUAUAGGCUGGGUUUUUGGCUUCGGUAUAACGGCUGCAUUUGGCUACAUGCUGCCUGCCUGGGGACCCAGCGUGACGUUUUGGAUCUUCGCCGGAGCUAGCGUCUUCGCCUGCUUGUUCAGUGCUAUAUUCGUACCUGAGACCAAAGGAAAGAGCAUGAUGGAAAUUCAAGAGAUCUUAAGUAAAUGAC